AUGAGGACCUAUGCCAGUCUGCUCCUAUGCUUUUUACUAGCUGAAUUAGUAACUUCAGAAUACACACAAGGUCCUCUAUUCCUACAUCAGAAAAGAAUUCAGAAGAAUAUAGUAAAAUCUGCUGGUUCCACGUUGAGGCUUAAUUGUGAAGCUAGUGGAUCUCCAACACCUAAUAUAACUUGGUACAAAGACGGUUUAUCCCCACUCCCACGUCGACUUACACCAACAAAAUCCAAGAAAUGGUCUUUGGUAUUAGAAGAUUUAGUUGCCGGAGACUCCGGAGAGUACACGUGCAAAGUAUGUAAUGAAGUUGGCUGUAAGGAUUUAACAUUCAAAGUAGAAGUAACUGAGCGUUCACACAAUACACCACGUCUCGUUAAAAAGCUUCAAGAUGUAAAUGCCAAAAUUGGAGACAGAGUUCAAUUCAAAUGCGAGUUUGAUUCAGAUACCAAACCUUUCAUAAUGUGGAUGAAGACUUCCAAUGCUCACUGUUCUUUCACAGAUUCCGAAGACUGCGAUGCUGAUCUGCUACAGAAAUCUUACGAUGGUAGAAAGGACCCUGAAGUUUAUGAAAUCGCAAGCGUACACCGGUAUGAUGAAGGAUGGUAUGCUUGUAUUGGAGCCAACAGUAUGGGCAGUACUGCUUCCAAGGCUUACUUGAAAGUUUCUUCAUAAGAAGAAAUGGUAAAAAUAUUGAAGAUGCAGUGAA